AUGUCGUUUCUGUUCAAGUCGUCCAAGAAGCAGCAGGGCUCUGCUCUGCCUGCUGCGACGCGCAACAUCAAGUCCUCGGAUGGCCCUGGUUCUCCGUCCAACAUUGCCUCAGCCCUUGGUCAUGCUCGAGACGGCUCUGCUGGGAGUCCACGAGAGAAGUCUCAGCAAACCCCUACACCCGGCACCAGCGUCAACUCGCUCAAUUCCCUCGGAGAAAAGCUGCAAGAUAGCCCACAAUGGUCGUCCGACAAGCCCUCGAACACUCCCAGCCCGGAGCAAAAGGCUCUGCGCGAACGCGCUGACAGCGACUUGCAGCACUCACGUAUGCGACCUCACCAAGAUUCCUCGCCGUAUCCCUGGUCUCAGCGACACUUGAACUUUACCGUCCCCACGAACCACCCGUUCCCUCGUUACGGCGCCGCUGCCAACUCGCUCUCCUCCAAAGAUGGCUCCAUCUACAUCAUGGGUGGUCUGAUACACGGUUCCACCGUCAAGGGUGAUCUUUGGAUGAUUGAAUCCGCCCCCAACAACCUCAGCUGCUAUCCUGUAGCGACCACCUCUGAGGGCCCUGGUCCCAGAGUCGGCCAUGCUGCUUUGCUUGUUGGAAACGCUUUCAUUGUCUUUGGAGGAGACACAAAAACAGACGAGACCGACAUGCUCGAUGAUACGCUUUACUUGCUGAACACCUCCACUAAGCAAUGGUCAAGAGCUGCUCCGGCAGGCCCCCGUCCUCCGGGUCGUUAUGGCCACUCGCUGAACAUCAUUGGCUCCAAGAUCUACAUUUUCGGUGGCCAGGUCGAGGGCUUCUUCUUUAACGAUCUAGUCACGUUUGACCUCAAUGCGCUGCAGCAGGCCAGCAACCGGUGGGAGACGUUGAUCCAGAAUACCAUUGACGGAGGCCCGCCACACGGACAGAUUCCUCCAGCACGAACGAACCACACUGUCGUAACGUGGAACGAGAAGCUGUAUCUCUUUGGCGGCACAGACGGCGUCACUUGGUUCAGCGACGUCUGGGCGUACGACCCACGAACCAAUUCCUGGUCGCAGCUCGAAUGCAUUGGCUACAUUCCGGUGGCGCGUGAGGGACAUGCAGCUGCAUUAGUCGGCGAUGUCAUGUAUGUGUUUGGAGGCCGCACUGAAGAGGGCAAUGAUCUCGGCGAUCUGGCUGCUUUCCGCAUCACAACUCGGCGAUGGUACACUUUCCAGAACAUGGGCCCUUCACCGUCACCUCGCUCCGGACACAGCAUGACCGCGUUUGGCAAACACAUUGUUGUUACUGGUGGUGAGCCAAGCUCAGCCCCUCGCGAUGCUGCCGAACUAAGUCUUGCGUAUUACUUGGAUACCAGUAAGAUAAGGUACCCCAACGACUCUCAAUCACAGAUGCCAGCCGAUCAGCGAAUCCAGGGUCAUAGACGUCCAAGCGGCGACAGGAGCGGCAUUCCACAGAGUCGUGCUUCCCCUCGAGAUCAAGCAGACUUUGAUGGCCCUCGACGUCCUGGUAGAGAUAGUUCUAUACCAAUCAAUCGCGCUCCCGAGCCUAUGGCUGUGGGCUCUAGGUUGCCUCGCGCUGCUGGGCCACCGGCACCUGGCCCAGCACCUCAGCAACAACAACAAAACAAGCCCACAACACCACCGAGUCGCCAACCAACCAGACCAGAACGCGCGUUGAGUCCAGUUCAAGCCGGCCCAUCGCCCACUGUUGCCACUCGCAUGGCUCCUGGACCCUUCCACAAUGACUCCUUUGGUGCGAGAACAAUGUCGCCAACAACCGCUACUCCUACAAUGGCUGGCCCAAGCGCAAACAUUGACCCAACCAGCCUAGAUGACGACCAAGACAGAACACCGCAGACGUACAAACCAACCCACCAACCCAUUUCUUCGAUCGAACGGGUCGAUAGAGGAACUCCAGUCGACAUCCCCCGCCAUCCCGCCCAAAGAGAGAUGAUCACCAAUGAUGCUCGUCACGAUGCACAAAGAGAAGAUGUCUCAAGCAACGGCGCACUGGACAAGGCAAUUGCAUCCAAUGACGGCACCAGCAGUCUGUCCAAAGAACUGGAGACAGAGAAGACUAAAAAUGCCUGGUUCGCGUCGGAGCUUACACUAGCACGCAGAGCAGGUUACUCACGGAGCACUACAAACACUCCAGCCUUCGAUGAACGCCCUACUGAUGCGUUCGGCGACGACGAUAGGCCGCUUGUAGAAGCUUUGCUCCGUAUGCGCGCAGAGCUGGCCAAGGUGCAAGGCUCUAUUGACAGCCAAGCUGAAGCCGCGGCCGCUCGUAUCGCUGAGAUAGAAAAGCAGAGAGACACGGCCAUCAGCGAAGCGGUCUUCGCCAAAGCAAAGCUUGCAGGUCAAGGAGGCGCUUCACCCCUCCCGGACUCUAGCCGACAUGGUACUCCCGACACAGAUCGCGUCGGUGAUAUGAACAGGCGGCUUGCAUCCUCACUCGCAGCUCAAACCGAGUUGUCCCGUAAAAUCGACAGCUUGAUUCAUGAGAAGGAAGCUGAGAAGCAGGCCCGACUUUUGGCAGAAGAAACUGCGGAAGCCGCUCAGCAGCGCGUCACCGAGCUCAACACCGACAGACAGCGCAUCGCCGCAGAGAUCGAGUCACUGCGCGACGAACUACACGAGGCUCAGAAGACUUCCAGAGAAGCUUCUGCCAACCAUGCCGAUGCACUCACCUCCCACAAACUUCUCGCCGUUGACAAGACCGAGCUCAACACCAAACUGGAGAAUGCUCUCGCAGAGGCAGCGCAACACGGAGCAAUUCUUGGAUCCCUACGUGAAGCACUGGCAGCGUCGACUGACAAAUCCAAUCUCCUCGAGGAACGCCUCGAAGAGGAGAAGAGAGAACGCAAUGAGCUUGAGCAGCAAGUUUCGCAACUCCGAACACAACACGAAGAGCGUGCCACGGAGCUCGAAAGUACCAGCCGGCGCCUCAGAGAUGCAGAAGGUCUUGCAGAGAAACAUGCAGCUGAGGCACGUACUCAUCGUCAAGCUGUUCUUGAUGGCCUCGGCAAAAUCUCCAGUCGCGGCACCGAUACACGCAACGGCGACGACGAGCGAGUUUCUAUCCUUCAGGGACAGGUUGAGACGGCCAACGCUAUGGCCAGGCAAAACCAGGCUGCGGCAGAUCUUGCUUCAGAGAAGUUGCGACGUGCUGAGGAGCGUAUUGCUGGACUGGAGUCUUAUCAAGAGCAGGCCUCUCGUGAAGGAUUGACGAUUCGCAAGCAACUUCAAGCAGCACUCAAAGAGGCUAGAACCGUUUCAGAAGAAAGAGCCGACUUGCAGCAGCAAUUACAGAGCCAACAGCUGGAAACAAAUGCCAUUGCUGUGCAACACGGCGCGCUCAAGGACAUCCUGUCUGAGCGUGGUGUCAACCCUGUCGAUGUCCGCAAAUCUCGAGGCUUUGACUCGCCUUCGUCGCAGAUCAGAUUUGGCACCCCUGAUAUUCAGCGUGUCAAGGAACUGGAGCAGCAGUUGGAAGCCAACCUCAGGGCGCACGAAGAGACGAAGACUAGCCUCGAAGAGAUGCAGGAUCGUGAGGGUCUUACCAGGAAGGAGUACGAGGAGAAACUUGCGACAUUGCAUAACGACCAUCAGGCUGCUGUGAAGUACCUUCGUGGCACUGAGAAGAUGCUCAGUAAGAUGAAGCAGGAACUGCAACGCGUGAAGAACCAAGCCGCCGACUAUGCCAAGGAACUGGACACAAUGCGUACAAAAGAGAAUGACACUCGUAGUCUGGACCACGAGAUCAAUGUCAACCAUGGCGACGAGAGAGAUGACCUUCGCAAGGAUCUUGAAAAGGUGAAGACGGACCUCGAGGCUCAAAUCUCAACUCUGCAUCGUCAGCUGGGCGAUAGAGAAGCCGAUAUCAAUACUCUGCGCAACUCUCAUCAGAACACGCAAUCGAGUUUCGCCGCGCUCCAGUCGACACACGAGACCUCACGAGCGGAUCUUGAGCGCCUACAAAGGGAGAAUGCGCAUCUGGAGGAGCGCGCUCGAGAUGCCGAGAACAAGGUGCAGCUUCUGCUUGAUCAGGUCGAGUCAUCUGUGGACAAUUACCGCCGUCAAUCCUCGAUGCCAAACGGUGCUGCAAACGGAUUUGGACAUCAUAGAGCAUUAAGCAACGUGAGCGCCAGCACUGCCAAUUUCAUACCUGCACACUCUAGAGGCCAUUCCCGAGGAGAAUCAUUGGGAGGAGACAGCAUCUACUCGCAGAGUGUUGCAGCUUCAGAGACCGGUGACGUCGAAGUCCCAGACGGACGUGAUAGCCUCGCACUCGACAAUCUGGCCACGGAGCUCGACGCUCUGCGUACGCAGUGGGAGACGACCAACAAGUCGUAUCGUAUCAGCGACCUCGAGUUCGAAAAGACACCGACGAGCGGGACCGCGCCGGCAGAGUUUGGACUGGACAACUGGAGACGUGGAUUGGAAGUUGGUGAUGAUGAUGAUGACGACGAGCGACCGAGCACCUCGAGUUCAGCUGCUCAGCCCGUGACUUCCUCUUCGAAGGCAGCCGCGCACCCACCAGUCAAGGAACGGGCAUGA